AUGAGUAACUUCUCUACGCCAGCAGGUCAAAGAAGUGCGAGCCGAUUACUCGUGGAAAGCGAAAUAUCGCCAUACAAGGCCUCUCCUUUCGUGAUUCCUCCAUCUCCGUUCAUGACACGUCUUGGCUGUGGAACGGGAGUUUCGGUUUACAGACUCAACCGAGACUCUAACGAAAGCAGUAUGCGAUCCCCUUGGGCCGUCAAAAAGGUCAACAAGAAAGCGAGAUCCGGAAUUAGUGAGCGACUGGCGCUAGAAGCGAGCAUUUUGAAACAACUGAGCCAUCCUAAUAUCGUGGGAUUUCGUGCCAUUUCUGGGAGCAUAGAUGGAGAGCUUUGUCUUGCGAUGGAAGACUGUGAGAAAGCGCUGGAAGAUAUCAUUGAGGAAAAAGCAUUUUUAGAAGAAGAUUUCACCUACGAAGAGAUCCUGAAAGUCUCCUGGGCUAUUGCCAACGCCCUGAGUUAUCUGCAUAACGACAAAAAGAUCUUGCAUGGUGAUAUUAAAAGUGGAAAUGUUUUGAUCCGUGGAAACUUCGAAGCAGUAAAACUUUGUGAUUUUGGAGUCGCACUAAGGCUUAAGGAUGAUUUGAGUGGUUUGAAAAACCCCUGUGAUAGAUAUAUUGGUACAGAGCCAUGGAAAUGUAAAGAAGCUCUCAAAGGAGGGAUCAUCACUGACAAAGCUGAUAUUUUUGCUUAUGGUCUUUUGAUCUGGGAGAUGCUUGCUUUAAAUGUUCCUCACGUGGACUUAUUGGCAGGUACUGAAUAAGUGAAUUUUAUGAACUUUUGUCAUGCUUUUUUUUAAUAAUUAAAAGACUCUCCAGAAAACUUAUGUUGGGGGUAAUAUAUAGAUUAGAUUGAGAGGCUUCUAAUUGAGAGGUAGGUAUGGGGGGGUGGGGUGGGGGCUGUCCCUGUCGUUGGGGGUUCUCUCAUGUGAAAAUUGGGGGUCUGGGGUCCUCAUUAAAAAAAAAAAAAUUUCGGGCCCUGAAAAGUGCAUCACAAGUGGCCAUCCAUAAUGGUAGCACUGACCUUUAUUUACUUUUCUCGUUAUUAUGCUAUAAUUUUUUAAAAUGUUGUUUAAAUGUCUUCCCUGUUAGAAACAAAUAUGAUUGAUAUAACAUCCCUCUCAAAAAGACUCACUGUUAGUAUUCAGCACUUCUGUGACAACUAGACAGUGAUUUUUGCCAGUUGCCGGAGCUUUUAGAGAACCCUGCUUUUUAUACUUUCAAAACAGUCCACAAGUGCACUGCUGAGGUAUAAAUUUUGUCUCUCUCACAGAAAGUGAUGAAGAAGGUGACACAGGGCUAAGCACAGAUGAUGAAGAUGAUGGUUCUUGUGACACAGAGGAGUACUUGGCAGCGUUGGGAACAAGGCCACCUCUUCCUGCUAAAUUCCAGGCUGCAGAUUGCAUCAUGAGUCCUGUUAUUCAGUUGUUUUGUUGUUGUACAUCAGAAAAUCCAGCAGAUCGACCUAGUGCCAAAGACAUUAUUCUGGCGCUGAAACCUGAGGUCACUACCAAUAAUGUUCAAAGUCAAGGAUGAUGAUAUGUGACCGUCAGUUGAAAAUAUUAUUAAUUUACUAUUGUAAACAAAGUAUGGCACCAUCUUAUCAUUAGAUCUUCAAUAUUGAUGGCAACACAGUAAAGAAGCCAUUACUG